UUUCUAUCAUCAACCAACAACAACAAGCAAUAUAUCCAAUAACUAGAAUCUUUUCAUACAUCUAAAUAAGUUUCAAAACUUUUCACCCAAAAAAAUAGAAAUGGCUUUGGUGAGAAGUCUAUUGGGUGCAAAGAAGAUUCUAAGCCGCUCCACCGCAGCAGCUUCUAUGAGCAAAAUAGAAACCUCGUCGGCACCAAAAGGGUUUCUUGCAGUGUACGUUGGAGAAAGCUUGAAGAAGAGAUAUUUAGUGCCGGUCUCAUACUUGAACCAGCCUUCUUUUCAAGCUCUGCUCAGUAAAUCCGAAGAAGAGUUUGGGUUCGAUCAUCCGAUGGGUGGCUUAACGAUCCCCUGUCCCGAAGAUACCUUCAUCAAUGUGACUUCUCGACUCAAGUGAUGAUUAUCCAACAUAGUGUUCUUCGAGUUAGAUAUAGAGUUGUUCCUUGUAAAUAGAGGAUUAUUCCUUUUCCUUUCUUUCUCUUUCUUCUUGAAAGAGUUCUUAUUAUUUUUUUGGAAGUGGAAGCAGUUUUGAUGCUAUAUACACACAAUCAUAAUUCAUGUUAACACAUUUUGGAUCGAUAAUUGAAAAAGAAAGUAUAACACCAAUUGAAGAA